GCGGUUUCAGACGCGGCGGCUCGGAAGAUGGCGGAGCGCGCCGGCAGCGGCACCUCCCUGAGGGGGAUGCGCGAACGCAUGGUUGCGGCUGCUCACGCCAUAGCCGAAGAAAGACGGAAUCAAAGUAGUUUCAGCACUCAUCCAUCUCAAUCUGCAAAUAUAAGAUCUGCUUUCAAACCAGUAAUAGAUGGAUCCGUGCUUAAAAAUGAUGUGAAGCAGAGGUUGGCAAAGGAGCGAAGAGAGGAGACCAAAAGACAACAAGAAGCUACUAAGGAAACACAACUGCUUGAAAAAGAAAGAAAAUCACGGAUCCAAUAUGAAAAACAGAUGGAGGAGAAACAACGAAAGCUUAAAGAACAAAAAGAGAAGGAUGAGCAGCGGAGAAUAUCUGCAGAAGAAAAAAGGAAACAAAAACUACAGGAAGAAAGGGAGAGAUUCAAGGCUGUUCUCUGUCGGACAUUGGAACGGAGCAACCGUGUUGAUCAUCGUCAAAAAAGAUGGUCAUGGGAAGGCUCUACAGCUGUGAACCCAGAAACCAAAACUGCCAGUAAACGUUCUAUAUCGACUGAGAAACUUGAACAGGACACAUCUGGUUUACAGAAACAAAUGUCUGUGUCAUCUGCAGGUCUUCAGAGUUCUGUUGCCAAGAAAAAAAUAGAAAAGAAGAGAAGUUCAUCCUUGACGAGAAGAUCUAACAAAUUGCAGGCACCUUCAGAAACUGUACAAGUAGAAGAAAAACCAACUGCUCGUCAGUCUUAUACCAGUCUUCGGGAGAGUAAUUUAAUCACUCGCCUGCUUGUCCCUACCAAAGCGUCAAUAGCCAGGAGCAAAAGUGCUGCUUCCUUGUCCGUUCCUGGCAAAGAUACUUCAGGUACCCACAGUGCCUUAAUCCAGUAUAUAAACAUGCCCUUGCGGAGCCACAGCAGUGACGAACUGAAGAAUACCAUGGCGCUUCGCAAGGCAGCGGCGGCAGGGCCUCCCCAGGAGAAGGUGGAAGCACCCCCUGACGUGAGCGUGGAGGCGGCCCCUCACGUGAAGGUGGAAGCAACCCCCGAGGCGACCGUGGAAGUGGCCCCCGAGGUGAGCAUGGAUGCGGCCCCCAAGGCGACCGUGGAAGCGGCCCCCGAGGUCACCGUGGAAGCGGCCCCCGAGGUCACCGUGGAAGCGGCCCCCGAGGCGACCGUGGAAGCGGCCUCCGAGGCGACCGUGGAAGCGGCCCCCGAAGCGACCGUGGAAGUGGCCCCUGAAGGGAGCGUGGAAGCACCGUGUGAAGCAGGUGUGGAAGCACUCCCUGAGAGUAUGGUAACAUCACCGGAAGGGAGUGUGGACGUGUCCCCCGAGGCGAGUGUGGACCCGUCGUCCCCCGAGGCGAGCGUGGACCCGUCGUCCCCGGAGGUGAGCGUGGAUCCAUCCCCCGAGGUGAGCCUAGACUCCUCUCCUGAGGUGAGCAUGGAUGCAUCCCCUGAUGUGAGCAUGGAAGCGUCAUCUGAGGCCAGUGUGGAAGCAUCUCCCAAGUCUAGUGUGGGAGUGUCACCUGAGGCCAGUUUGGACACAUCGCCUGGGGCUAGUGUGAAAGCAUUCCCCAAAGAGAGUGUGGAAGUGUCCUCCAAGGCAUCCCCCAAGGUGGGCGCGGAAGCAUCUUCCAAGGUGAAAGUGAAAGACUCUCCACAGAAAUCAGAAAUGGACAAACAGGCUUCAAACCCUGCUACCAAGAAGCGCCCACCAUCGCAUAUACCGUGUUAUAAAUGGCCGUCAUCUCCUGCAAGCGGGUGGCGUCCACCUUCUCCCAUCAGUAUUAACAGGCAAAUGCAAAAGAAUCGCCCGCCAUCACCAUCACCUGUCAUGUCAAAACAGUCUCAGUCUUCUCUUUCCUAUAAAGUAAUCCCUGUUCAGCGUAGCCUGUUGGCACAAAAUGCAUUGGGUAGUCUUGGAAAGAAAAGAGAAGGAGUGCCCAAAGCUGCUAGCAGCGCUGAGGCUGUGAGCCCAAAGCAGAUGGUCUCUGAGGAGUCUAGUAAUAAAAGCACACCAGGGACUAUGAAUGCCAAGGAGGCAACAAAAAUUUUGGCAGAGAAACGACGGCUUGCUCGUGAACAAAGAGAGAGAGAAGAAAGAAUACAAAAGGAAAGGGAACAGAGCAAACCGAAGGACGCAGCAGAGAAAGCAGCGGAAGUCCAACGAGAAGAAUUCGCGAAACUGGAAGAUGGGCAACAACAGAAGGAAAUGAAGGAAGGAUCUCCAGAUCUAGAAGACCAGAAAGUGUUACUACAGAAAGGGGACGCCAAAAUAAAAGCUCAGGAGGAGGCUGACAAACGCAAGAAGGAACAGGAGAGAAUUAUGUUACAGAAUUUGCAGGAGAGAUUAGAGAGAAAAAAGAGAAUUGAGGAGAUUAUGAAGCGGACAAGAAAGACAGAUUCGAAUACCGCAAAGGCUGCAGAACCAUUUGUCGAUAACACGUACGAGGAGGACGAGGCAGACGAUGAGGAUGAGUCCGAAAGUGAUGACAAUUCGUUUGAUGACCUGCGUCCAUCAGCCUUUAUAAAUGGCAUGGAUUCAUCCACAAAACUCAAAACACAUUUUAAAAACAUGAAGAAGAACACUCCCAAGCUGGUGUUUUUAGACGCCACUUCUGGCCAAGUCCGUAGAGAGACAAAAACAUUUUUUAAUGGCGACAUGAAAAACUCCAGACAAAAAAGUGCGAAAGACCCUUUGGCGCAGGCAAAGGGUACCAGAUCGCCCACCAAAAGAAUGACUAGCCGUGCGGCCAAUACCAGAAAGAUAUGUAAACUUCGUGCAGCCCAGAAGAGAAAUCAUCAUCUCUGGAUCUUCCAGACACCCUAAUUUUUCAGCCUCUGACUUGAACCUCACCACUAAAAUGACCAUCAGAAACAGGGAACACAACAGACAGACGCCUUAAUGUGUAUCAUCUCAGAAGAUGCACAAUAUCAUCUUGACUCUUAACAACAUCAGGGGUUCUGAGUAAAGAGUCAUUUUCGUUUGCCUGUAAAAACCUCUGCUGUCUCAUUCUUGUUUUCCAGCCGGGGUGUGUGAGUGCACAGCAGGAGUGCCUUUCGGAAGUGGUCCCUCUUUAAGUUUCUAAACUGAAGAGGAAUUUUUCUCUCUUAAAAUACUGCUUAUUCUGUUUAGUAGUUACAGUACUUUAGAAAUUGCAGAGCAGAUGUUUGAUCUCAUAGAGACCGUAUGGGGUGGGCGAGGGGUUCAGGAUUGCUCCUAAGAGCUUUGCUGGGUUGUUUCUAAUAAACAAGCAGGAGGUUGCAAAAUACAGUAGGUCACAUGUUACCGUUAUGUUUGGAUGUUCUUAACUCUGCCAUCACCUGAGUGCACAGGCCCUGGCACCCCCCAAAUGCUCCGGGUCCUAGAAAGUGCCCUCAGGACAGUGUUGGCACCUUCCGUGCUUAUCGGUGUUACCUUUUUUGAAGUGCACCUUGGGGAUUAAUUUCCAAAACCGUGCAGUGUUUUCUGUUGUACCGAAGACCGUACGGGCUGCCGUGCUGCCGUCCGGCAGGGCACGUGUCGUGCUCCCAGCUGUUCGCCGUAGGUCGUCUUUUGUCCUUGUGCCUGCCAGGCCUGCACUUUGUUUACACACUCAGCCUUGGGAUGUAGGGACCAGAGCUGCUUGCCUUGCCCUUAGCCGCUGGCUGCAUGUGAGCACAGGAGCGGUGCCAUUCUUUGGUCUCCGCGACAGAUAGGUGUGCGCACACGCACACAUACGCAUGUGCAUACACACUUGAGCACACACGUCCCGCACGCAUGCAGAAUAGGUUUCCUGAAAUCUGUCAAAUUCUGCUUACACACGCCCUCAAUUAAAACUUGAAUGCGGGAUAGUCGUACUGCUAAUGAGUUUGCUGGCGAGUCACAGUGAGUUUCAAGCAAGUUUCAAGCAAGCCUGUGUUUCUUUCUAGCCAUCAGCCUUGGAUCAGUAAAAGGAAGGGAUUCUUUCUGAUUCUUUAAUUCUUGGGCAUUCAGAGUACUGUACCAUUGUUAUGGGGUAGAACUUGGUGGCUUAGAUUUGAAAACUAUUUUUAUACACUAGCUCUUUUGUGUAGAAGGCAGAGACAAUCAUCCCGACAGAGUUUCUGGUAUUUUUCUGCACAAACGUCACAUGUUGAAACACUGUUAUACCCAUGUUUGUAUGUGUGCUCUGUGAAAUAAACUUUGCAGAUAAAGCAA